AUGAAUAUACCGACCAGUGCCCCCGACAAAUCCCUCAACGCAAUCCGGCUAAAGGACUGCAAGCUGGCGUCACCUCGAAUUGAGUCAAGACUAAGAGAGGAUGCCGCACGGUUGCAAAGAGCCAUGUCUCACCUUCAGGAGUCAGGUUAGCAUAUUUUCAUUAUUGUAAGCCGACAUUUCGAUUUAUGGACUAGUUCAGUUACAGUGUAGGGACUUUGAACACAUUUUCAAUUUUAUUAGAAUAUUCAGACUACAGCCAUAUUGCAUUACAACAGAUUGAAAUGUCGUAUAAAAACAAUUAUCACAAUUGAAACUUUAUAGUCUGCUAUAUCAGACAUGAAUGUAGCCUAACAUUUAAAUUCAGAUGACAAUAUGUAAAGAAUGUUUGACAGCCUAAACUUAUUGCACACUUAUGCAUCUAGUGUUCUUAGCCGCAUGUCCAUCUCCCUCUUGCACAUGCUCCCCUCUCUCUGUGUUUUUCAGGCUGGUACUGGGGCCCCCUGACAGCUACUCAGGCUAAACAAGUUCUGAUUGAAGCUCCAGAGGGAACUUUCCUGUUGUGGUACAGCUCCUACCAGGGCUACCUCCUCACCCUCUGUGAAGACUAGCCUUGGCCCCACACACCUCCGCAUAGAGCACACCACUGGCAUGUUUGGCUUUGACUCUGUGAUUGUGGCACGGCCAUGA